UAUAAUUGUAUAAAUAUAUACAAAACGAAAUAGGAUCGAACAGUCUUACGUGCACUACACAAAACAUAUUCGGUUAUCAAGUAACCAUACAUAUGAUUUUAUUUAUUGUGAAUGGCUACAUGAACUGUCAAAAAAUGUAAACAUAAGAAAUACAAAAAUGGUAUAAGGAAGUUACCGCCGCAAAAGAACAGUUGGUAGAAUUUGUUGUUUUUAGCAAAUAUAAUUUAUUAAUAAAUGCUUUGGAUUUUUAUUAAUUGAAUAUUUCUGUGUUGUGUGUAAUACGCAAUGGAGGAGAAUUCUAAAACUUCAGAAACUACGCAAAAGAAAAUAGUUUUAACACUUAUAAGUGGUACCGGCUUUGUUUUCAAUCAUAAUGAUUAUGUUACACUUCGAAAGAAAUAUCGUAUAAUUGGAGCAAGAAGAGAAGCUUGCUUUGCUCGAAAAGUGUUGGCGUCACGUUUUAGUAUUCCUGUGCGAUUGACGCCGCUAGAAACACGUUUGUUGUUGGAGCGGGACAUUGCUGUACUAGUAUCUAAAAAAGAAAGACUUUUGGGAGAACCCUCAGUUGCUGAGCAAGAGGCCUUUAAAGACCGUUCCACGCAGCAAUUAAAAGCAUGCAAUGAAAUGAAUGUCGCAGAAAAAACAGUGGAUAGAGAAUUAUCAGUUCCAAGAAAACAUUUGGGCAAAAGAAAACAUUCCUCUGCGACCGUUAUAACACCAUUACCUAAUAUUGAAGAAAUAAAUAAAAUGAUAACGGAAAAUGUGAAUAAUACGGAAAGUAGUUUUGCACUGAAUGAAAAAAGUUUAUACGUUUUUUUUAAUGGAUUCCCCCUGCCACAUAAAGCUAAAAUUGUGAGUGUUAAAGACAACAACUCUUUUCAAUACCGAGUAUUUAGGGAUUUAUGGAUGCGUGGUUAUUAUAUAACUUGUGGCGAUGUGUAUGGAGGGGAUUUUAUUAUUUAUAAUGGAGAUCCUGAGCGAUAUCAUUCUUCUCAUAUUAUUAAUUUGUUACCAGAUGGUAAAUUGCAUUAUUAUGAAAUGAUGACUAUGUCACGAAUGGCGACGGCUGUAAGAAAAAAUAGUGUCGUUGCGUAUCUAAUACAAAAAGAUGAAAACCAAACUACUGAACUAAAGUACUACACAUUUAAAUGGAACAAGCAGUUUUAUGAUUCAUUUAAAGAAGAUAAAACUGAAUCUUCCACUGAAAAUGAAUCGUCCACUGAAAAUGAAUCGUCCACUGAAAAUGAAUCCUCUACUGAAAAUGAAUCUACCGAAAAUGAAGUGUCCACUGAAAAUAAAUCUUCUACUGAAAAUUAAUACAUAUUCUAAGACUUGAAGGAAUGUUACGAGGAAGGAGAUGUUGCCUCCGAUGCAAUGUAAUGGUUAACUGAAGACAGCAAAUCAACUUAAACAGUAAUAAAUCAGUUUUGAUGAUGAAUAUUUCAACUCAUAGAUUAUGUUAUACGCACGGGACUCAUUCGCAUAUAUAAGACAACGAAUUUGGGAUAUAACAGCUUCAAUUAUAAAACACAUAUAUGAAUAUGUAAUUGUAUUCAACACAUAUUUCACACAUUUUACAACAUCAUGUUAUCGUUUUACUCUUUUUCACAACAAUUUGACG